UCGUUAAGCGGUCCGUGGUGGAUGUUCCUAGUCACUUGGUUUUUCUGUUUAGCUCGAUGCGCUCAGUCGUGAAGAUCUUAUCCGUUUCGUGAAAAAGCAAUUGGAUAACGCUCGCCAAUCAGAGAUCGAGGCUAAGAAGUUGAAGGAAUUGCUGGAAGAAAAAGAGUUAAUAAUCAAGGAUCUUCUUACGAAAAUUGCGUCCCUGAAGACAACAUCUCAUCUUGAAGACAAUGAUGUUAAUUUUUUCAAUUUUGUUGACAAGCGGUCUCGGACUGACGAUGACCUAGCUGCCGCUUUGCAAAUCAACAAUGAACUUCGUUCGCAGCUUGAGAACGUUAUAGAGGAAGCUGCUGCACUUCGAGAACAGCGGACUGCAACUGAUGUUUUUUCACUGGAACUUAAGGACUAUGAAAAAAAGAUGGUGCAAUUGAAUAAGUCUUUGAAAGAUGCCGAACUUGCUCUUGAGGCAUCAAAACUCGAGAAGGAAGAGUUAAUCCAACAACUGAGCAACCACAAACUAUCAAAUGAUCGUAUCAACGCCGACUGCUUAACAUUACAGUCUGAGCUUCAGGAAGUUCGCAAUAGGUUACAUGAAGAACAGUGUCGUGUUCGCGAGCUCACAUCAACUGUGGACAAACUCCAGGACAACUCUAAUACUCUUCUAACGGCUAGGAACGAAGAACGAGUGACUUUUGAGGCGAAGAUUGCUCAUAAUGAAGAACGGUUGCUGUACUGGCAAAAAAUUAGUGAACAAAGAUCUGCCGAACUCAGUAAUCUCUUAGCGGAGAAUGAGAUGUUAAGGACUCGUUGCCAUAACUUAGAAGACGACUUCAUUUCAUACAAAUCACGUGCACGCUACGUAUUGGAGCAACAAGCAAAAACUGCGGAGAAUGGAGGAACAAUUAACGGUUUGAAUACGGAGGCUGUGCAACAGUCUUUGAUACAAGUCAUGAACGAUUUGGAAGAAUUACAAACUGUAAUUAAUGACGCUAGAAAAUAUCGGGAGCAGUGUAUGAGAUAUGAAUCGCUUAAUCGCAGUGCUAAAGCUAAUACUCUUGAACUACAACAUAGGGUGAUGCAAACAAACGAAGAACUAUUGAAUUGUAAAGUGAUGUUGGAACUUCGUGUUUCCGAAUGUCUUAAAUAUCGAUCACAGCUGAGUUGUAUGGAAGAAAAACUGCAAGAAUUGGUCAAAGCGAAGGAUGAGGCUUUGCGAGAAAUAGAACAGCAAGUAGCCAAUAGGUCAGUUGUAGAGGCAGGGCUUACAAGUGAACUAGAGAAGGAGAAGAAUCGUUAUGAAGAAGCUAUGCGGCGUCUCAGCGAAGCUCAGAAAGAGCGAGUUCGGGCUUCCUCCGCUUCUCCCAUUUGUUUGCAUCGCUCAUUUGUAAAGAAGCAAAAUGAAAACCAUGUCGUCUACCACGAGCGAAGUUUGGAAAGCGUACUGUUUGGCGAAGAUUUCAUGGAUCCGUGCUGCCGUUUAAACAUUAACAAGACGCUCUCAUCUGUAACUGAAGAAAAUGAACAGCUUCUUAAGCAGUUACGCCAUACUAGAGAGCUGCUUAAUGAUUCGGAAGCGACAAAUGCAACGCUUAUCGACCAAAGCAUGCUCCUCAAAGAAGAAAUCCGUCGACUGGAAAGAAAUGGAGAGCGACUGAUUCACUUCGAAAAUAGUGAAUACCUAAAAAAUAUUAUAUUGAAGUUUCUCAGUCCAGAACGUGUCUCCGGAGAGCGUGUGCAGCUCGUUCCAAUUCUAGCAACAAUGCUCCGUUUAUCGCCUGAUGAAACAGAGCUACUCAAUCGUGUUGCUUCUCAAGAUGGUACAGUUUUUAUAAGUGGUUUACCGUCUAUCGUUGUCGAAGAUGUUGCUUUAACUGUGACGUUCGAUGGCAAAAUAAUCGUUCCAAUAAGCUCACCGAAGCAAGGAAGCACCCAUUCGAACGUACUUAACAUAAAUCUUCAGCAGACUAAUCUUACUCAAGGUGAAAUGAAUCGUUCUCUUGAAAACGAAGAGUCGAGUCGUCAACAUGAACGCCUUUUAAAAAGGCUAGGAACGGUUUCGCAUGAGGAACAAAUGGAAGAGCUGUAUAGUUUCCUAGACCCGUCAGGACAUGUUUUGGAGGAGCUAAAGCGAAUGUCAUCAAGCGAAGGUGGUACAGGCUUCACAUCAAAGGGCCCAAUCACUGUAUCGAGAAGGGACUCUGCAGCUAACGUUUCAGACUGGAGUGACGACCAGUGCAUAGAGUCGUUGGUUUGUGAUGUUCUUGAAUCAUUGCCGGAACACAAGCAAGAGUCCUUCAAUGUACUGAUGGAGAUCAUGGGAAUCGAUGUUUCUGAAUAUCAAGGACACCAAAAACGGAGAUACCGAGAGGAAAUGGACGGUGCAGCGGUUAAUCCACGUCAAGGAUCACCUAGAACUCCUCGAAUACUGGGAAACGAACUGGAUGACGUUGCUGAGAUGCCAGAGAUAAUUCAGGAUGAUAUUAGUGAAGCCGAAAGAAUUGUGGAUCCGAAUGAUAUUGGUGAGGCAGUGGAUGGUGAUCUAGAUGUAGUAACGGCCCACCAUGAUAAACAAAUUGAUUUUCUUCAGAGUCAUAAUAUUACUGUAGAUAACCCUGAAAUGGGACAAGAUAUCACUGGAAACCAACAAAAAAUAGAUUACCGUUAUUGUUCGUCUUGCAAAAUAACAGUGAAGAAAUCAAUUUUUUAUCAGCAUCGACAUCUUAUUCGGAAAUAUGGACGUUGCGAUGUGUUCACUCCUAAGAUUUUUCCAUGCGGCUUUUCUGGGUGCCACGAAAGACUAGGCACGCUAGAGAAGCUUUGUGAGCAUAUGUUUCAAGUUCAUGGAGUUGCGACAGAUAUCAAGCGAGAAUUACUUGAUAGUGAAAUUCAGUUCGAUGAUUUCUUAUCUCGGAUGAAAAGCCGAGGUGGUAAUUUUCGCAUGCCCAGAGGAAGCAAGGCUGUAAAGCAGGGAAUAGUACAAUUUUUUCGAUGCGAUGGAGCAGGUCCUAAAGGCAUUACCCAGCUUAUAGAUCCAUUAGUGGCAGAAACGGGGAAGAAGCCACUUGUUCGUACAGAGCAAGUAUGUACGGCCUUUAUUAAGAAGACAUACCGAUCUGAUGGAAUUAUAGAAGUGAGAUAUUCUGAUCACCAUCUUCAUGACCCUGAGAAGCCACGCCUUUAUGAGCGCAUUCUCAACCGCAUUUAUGAUAUGAGUGAAAAGAAACUUCCAUUUCCAGUAAUCGUUAUGAUUUUACAAUCCGAAUGCAAUCAAUUCUGCAUGCCUGGAACAGCACUUGAAAGAAGAAUUAUGACUAUAACUCCUCAAGAGCUUCAGUUAGUUGCACAGACCGCUAAGCGUGGUCCUCAUACAGCCGCAAAAAGGGGUGGCGAGUUGACAGAGGUGGAGUCAAAAACGUUGGAGGAGUAUGAACGUAAUCGAAUAGCGAUGACAGCCCACUUCCGUUCGUUAGAAAGAGAAGCAGAAAGAAGACGGUGUUCUAUUUAA